GGAGGGGAAGCCGGUGGCGGCGGCGGCGGAACGGGCGGAGGCUGCCGGUUUCGUAACCGUCGCUUGUCCUCGGUGACUCGCAGGGUACUACGCCUGGCUCGGGUUGGGCCGCGGCGCGCGGGGCCGCUCGGAGUGGAGGCCGCCUGGGGGCGGGCGGGCUGGAGGCGCAGGUACAUGUGAAGAUUUCUUGGCAGUUUAGCGUGGAAACCAUUGACAUCUUGCCCUCAUUUCUACCUGUUGUUGGCAAGGGAGAGUGCCCAAAUGAGCAAGAUAGCGCAGCAGAGCAGUACUCCAGGAGUGAACGGGAUAAGUGUUAUUCAUACUCAGGCUCAUGCCAGCGGCCUACAGCAGGUUCCUCAGCUGGUGCCUGCUGGCCCUGGGGGAGGAGGCAAAGCUGCGCCUCCAAGCAAGCAAAGCAAAAAGAGUUCGCCCAUGGAUCGAAACAGUGACGAGUACCGUCAACGCAGAGAGAGGAACAACAUGGCUGUGAAAAAGAGCCGGUUGAAAAGCAAGCAGAAAGCACAGGAUACACUGCAGAGAGUGAAUCAGCUCAAAGAAGAGAAUGAACGGUUGGAAGCAAAAAUUAAAUUGCUGACUAAGGAAUUAAGUGUACUGAAAGAUUUGUUUCUCGAGCAUGCACACAACCUUGCAGAUAAUGUGCAACCCAGUAGCACUGAAAAUACGACGACAAAUUCUGAUAGUGCAGGACAGUAGACCCACCCCUUCUGAACAACUUGUGGCUUGAACGUCAAAGGUGUGACUGUCUACACCACUCAUAUCCAUGACUGAACGUUGACUUGUUCCAUUAUUUAAAGAUCCACUGAGGGUUGUUUUCUGGGAUCAGCACUGAAGAGUUGAUUAGCUAAAAAUGUUAGCCAUGUAAUUUGCAUAUCUGGUUUUAAAUGAUACGGAUUUUUGUGGGGAUUAAAAAACAAAUUUUUAAGGUAUGUGGUAAAAAAAAAAAAAUGCCCUGGACCUUGAUGUUCUUAAUAAAUCCUGACUUCCCAAGAAAUGCUUCUUUUUUAGGUUGACAAAAGGAAUGGGGGAACUGGCAGGUCAUGCAGAAGGUUCUUGGUUUUAAUGGAUAUGGUUAAUUGGAUUAAGAAAAGUUGAAUGCCAUCUAUGUGAUUUUGUUCUAAAUUAUGUAUUAAAAAUCCUUAGGGCUAUAGAAACCAAUCACUUUGUAAUUUGGAGUGAUUUUAUGCAUAGCAUGAACCUUGUUUUAGCAUAAUUAGUACUGUUUUCCCCAACAACUACAGGGUUUUGAAUGGCGAUGUCAGGUUAUGUAAAGAAACCUCAUUGCAUUUUCAAGGCCGUAUGCAGCCAGUUGGCUUAAAGAAUAUAAAUAAAUUUAGGAAGCAAAUAGGUUUUUAAAAACUAAAAGUAAAGCAUAUUAGAAUUAUGCUUUUGAGAUACCUUUGGGAUGUUGGAUUGGCAUUAUUUUGUUUUCUAAAAAAAAAAAAAAAAUCCCCCAAAAACUCUGGAUUAGAGAAACUUGAGUAUCAAAAUUUUAGUUUCUGUAGAUGCUAGUAAAGUAAGCCUUUUUUUGAAUACCAUUUUGACAGCCAAGUUAGUAAACAAAUGUCUUAACAGUUUGAUCACACAAGCUGCUGAUGAGGAUCUGGAAUAUUAAUUCAGCAGGUAGUUUCUCCUGUGUUCAGAGAUUUGCAGCGGGGCCAUGAUUUUUAAAGGCAAAAAUUUCUUCUGAAGCAUCAUUUAGUAUUUGAUCUUAACCAACUGAUUAUUAAAAAAUGCAUCAUCAACUCCAUGCCAUCUCCCAAAAUAAUAGUCUAAGAAAACUUGAAAGUGUAAGGUUUAACCUUUAAUUUAUUUCGCUUUAAUACAUCUUUUUAUAUUGUUUUUGUGACAUUUUCUAGGUAGUGGGCUGUUCUUCCAGACUUUUUGUACCACUGCUUCUGUUUAUUCAUUUCUAUGCUUUUAUGUCCCAUAAAUUAUUUUAGAAAGAAAAUACUGAUAAAACUCAGGACAUUGACAUUUUUGUUGAGACUGAAAAAUGGCAAUCACAAAAGUUGGGAAUUCUAAAGUCUGGCUUAUAUCCAUGUUGGUAGUUUUGAUUGUCCUUGUUGACUUUUUUUAGCACAGUUCUAGCUCAAAUUUGUUGGCUUUUGUGUGUGGGUUUUUUUUUUUGUUGUUGUUGUUCCUGGGCUGGUGACGAGACUGAGUCACAUCUGAUUAAAACAUUUGUGUUACCAGGUAUCUCAUUUGAACAUGGUCACUUUUGGCCACAUUGCUAUUUCAUCCUAGGACCUGGGACAGGACGUAACUCAGGUUGCACCCUUGGGUUGCUGGAAGAGUGCUGUCUGUGCUCUUGGCAGGAGAGGAUGUCACAGCACCCUCCAACUCGGUAAAGCCAUUAGUAAGGCCUUGAGCCCCUUCUGCAUGUGACAGGAGCACAGUGUUGUUCCAUGAGAGCCGCUGUCCCGGAAGGGUUAACUCCCUGUAGAGAAAGGAGACACGAGAGGGGUUUCUAUUAGGGUCCAACACCAGUUUACUUUGGUUGGAGUAUCCAUCUACUCGUAGAGGUUGAUAGAUGUUUUGAAUAACUAAGAGAUACCCACAGAAUCCUCCUGAAUCUUUAAUAGCUAGUUGAUGUUAUAUAAUUAACCUGAUUGGAGAUGCAGUAGGUCACUUGAAUCCUUAAGCACCUGCAAUAGGUGUUACAUUUUAAUCUCUUAUUUACUGAAAAAUGUCUUUCAGAAAUUGAUGUCCCCAUGGAAUUUAUGAUUACCAGAUAUAUGAAUUGACUUAACUGUCUUGGAAAAGGAGCUUUAGGGAAAUUAGGUGUAUUCAAUAUUUCAAAUCAGAACACAAGAUUGGAACUCUUGGAAAAAUUGAUUCGAGCUUUCCUAUUACCUAUGCAAAUCAGAACUUGAGCACAGGCAGUCAUUAUACAUAGAACAGAAAUGUUCACCAUUAUCUUGACUAUCUUACGUGUUUUUGGGAAUGCAAGUUUUUAGUUUGAUAGAUUUAUCAGUAUAAAACUGAGGGAAAUCAAGUAUGGGGAAUGGGUAAGUUUAGAGCUUUGGGGAUCGUCCAGUGACUUGUAACUUUUGUUCUGUAGGUUACGUAUGAACCCUUAGGAUUUGCUCUGCCUUUGCUGGCAGGUCCAGUGGGUCAGGAAUUAGGCGUUAGUGUCAGUUUCUGGCUGCACUGCCGGCAUGGGUGCUUUCUGAGCGCUCUGGGCUGCGGGUGUGCCGUCAGGGCUGCGCUUCCUGCUGUCUGGCCCCUUUCAGGUACUGGAUGUGAGCUCAGAUACCUUGGACAUUCUUACUAAGAAGAUUUUAAUAAAAUAUGACCAGAUUUGUGAAAUUCAGGUCAUGAGUAUGGAAUUCUCAAAUUUACAUAAGGAAGUAGAAGUAUGUAUAAUUUAAUAUUUGAUAGUAAAAGAAAGGAAAUCAUAGCAGCUUUUGAUGUUUCCCCAUUAGAGCGCUUGAAACUUUGUACCUGAACAACCCAGUUAGCACUCAGAGUGCUUUUUGAUGCCUUAGAAAUAGGAAAAAAAUGUUCUGUUUGACAAAAGCUAGGAAGGAGAAAGUCCAUUCUACAGCUGUUAGAUCUGCCUCUCAGGAAAAAAGUGUUUAACUUGUUCUUUUUGUUCCUGGCUUUCCUCAGUUUGUGAGAUUACUCUAUUUUUUUAAAUAUAAUUUUAUUUCUCUCAAUGAAUUUGAAAUAAAAAGAACUUUGGAAUAAUGA